AUGGGAGGAACCAAAAAACCAUCUCUCAACUGCUGCUGCUGCAACCCCUUCACCUGCUGCUGCGGCUGCCUCCUCGACUGCAUCUGCACCUGCAUCUGCCAGAUCAUCCUCACCAUCCUCAUUGUCGUCGCGAUCGUCGCCUUCGUCCUCUGGCUCGUCUUCCGGCCCAACGCCGUCAACUUCCACGCCACCGAUGCCUCCCUCACCGAGUUCUCCAUCGACGCCAACCACACCCUCCGCUACGACCUCGCCGUGAACCUCACGGUCCGGAACCCCAACCGCCGCAUAGGGAUCUACUACGACCGGAUCGAGGCCAGGGCUUUCUACCAGGGGCAGAGGUUCAACUCCGUCGACCUGCCGCCUUUCUACCAGGGACGCAAGAGCACGCGAAACGUCACCGCGGUUUUCAGGGGGCAGCACUUGCUUCCGCUCGGGAAUAGGGAGAUGUCGAACUACAAUAGGGACGGCGGGGACGGCGCGUACGACAUCGACGUGAAGCUCUACCUCCGGACAAGGCUGAAGUUUUGGUUCAUGAAGUCGACCAUGGUGAAACCGAAGAUCGACUGCGGUCUUAGAGUUCCGCUGAAAUCCAAUGGCACAGUCGCGGCGCCGCUGCCACCCUCCUCUUCCGGCAAGUCGCCCUCUGCGGCCAACGGGCCGACCUUGGCCGAGUUUCGAUGGUUGACAAGGUCGAAUGUGGAUUUCACCGCUUUGUCUUCCCCGGCACCGGAGGGGUUGUCGAUCGUCGUCUCCAGCUCAAGCCGAGGGAGUCACCAUGCCGCUGGAGUUCCGUUCUCACGUGCCUCAGUUCAGUUCCUUAAAGGAUGUCGUCGUUCGGCUGCGGUUUGCCAUGGUGCGGUUGCACCAACUAGCCAACGGUCUGUCUGGUUCCCGGCUUGCAGGAUUGGGAUGUUUCAGGUGCGGGUCCGCCUAGGGUGUUCUCCUCGGGUGUUUUAG